AUGUGUCUAGAGAAUUGGUUGAUACUUUCUCUAUUUUGCGUCUUUAGUAAGAAGAAGAUGACAAUUGAGAGCAAGAAAAAGCUGGUUUGCAAGAAGCCUGAAAGUGUCAAAUCUAAGGCUAAACAAGUAAAAUCAGAUAAUCCCAGAAUGUCAGAGAGUUCUAAGCGUAAAAGGGAGACAUGUAAUGUCACCUUUGAUGAUGUUGAAGCUAAGUUCUCUGUUUGGGAGCGAGCAGAAAGGAUGCUGUCAAGUCUAGAAGAUGAAUACCCUUUCUUCAUAAAGUGUAUGCUCCCAUCAAAUGUUGCUCAUAGCUUUUGGCUGCAUAUUCCAAAGGCUUUCUGUGACUUAUAUUUACCAAGCCAGAACUCUACUAUUAUGUUGGUAGAUGAAUGGGGGAAUGAAUACAAAACUACUUAUCUUUUGGAGAGGCAUGGAUUGAGUGCUGGCUGGAGAGCAUUCUCAAUCGCUCACCGACUACUUAAAGGAGAUCUUUUGAUCUUUCGUUUGACUGAACCCAAUAAAUUUAAGGUUCACAUUGAAAGAGUAAACAGUAGAGAUGUUGUAGAGGCAGCUAUUUGUCUUAUGAACUUAAAUGAUCAUGAGAAAACCUCAAAUCCUGGUAAUCACAAGCGCAGAAGUUCAAUAAAAUUUGUCCAGCCAUAUCCAGAAGGAGUUUUUCAAAAUGAAGGCCAGCAUUAG